AUGAAUUUUUUAUUGGGAAAGUCUGAAGUGAAUCUUUUCUUUCUGUCGUUCUUCAAAUUUCUUUCUGUCGAAAGUAAAUUUUCAACUUUUCUUUUCUGUCGUCUUUUUGCCAACAACACCUUUCUUUCUGUCGCUGUUUAUCUCUUUUCCCGUUUCUCUUUUUCUUUCACCUUUAAAAGAUUGCAUUUUUCUUUCUGUCGUUUAUAUCUUUUCCUUUCUCUCGCCUUUAUAAGAUUGCUUUUUUUUUUCUGUAAGGAGUUUCUAUUCCCUCUUCAGCCUUUAUUCUGUCGCAUUGACCUUUUCUGUCGACAUCUAUUUUUCUUUCUGUCGUUCCCCCCAUCUUUUAUUUUUCUUGUCGUUGACCUCUUUUUCUUUCUGUCGACAUCUUUUCCUCUUUUUUUCAUUUCUCUUCAUCCCCUGAGAGUUUUUCUUUUCAAUGGUGUCGCUUCAUUCGCCCAUCUUUUCUUUCUUUCUGUCGUUCACCCGUCUUUUCUUUUCUUUCUCUUGUUCACCCGUCUUUUCUUUUUUCUUUCUGUCGUUUCCCCAUCUUUUUUUUUUUCUGUCGCUCCCAUCUUUUUCUUUCUGUCGUUCCCCCCUUUUUCUUUCUGUCGUUCCCCGCUUUUUUCUUUUUCGUUCCCCCAUCUUUUCUUUCUGUCGUUCCCCCGUCUUUUCUUUUCUUUCUGUCGUUCCCCCGUCUUUUCUUUUCUUUCUGUCGUUCCCCGUCUUUUCUUUUCUUUCUGUCGUUCCCCCGUCUUUUCUUUCUGUCGUUCCCCCAUCUUUUCUUUCUGUCGUUCCCCCAUCUUUUCUUUCUGUCGUUCCCCCAUCUUUUCUUUCUGUCGUUCCCCCGUCUUUUUUCUUUUCUUUCUGUCUCCCCAUCUUUUCUUUUCUUUCUGUCGUUCCCCAUCUUUUUUUUUUCUUUCUGUCGCCCAUCUUUUCUUUUCUUUCUGUCGUUUCCCAUCUUUUCUUUUUUCUUUCUGUCGCUCCCCCAUCUUUUCUUUUCUUUCUGUCGCUCCCCCAUCUUUUCUUUUCUUUCUGUCGCUCCCCCAUCUUUUCUUUUCUUUCUGUCGCUCCCCCAUCUUUUCUUUUCUUUCUUUCUUUCAUUCAUUUGCCCAUCCAUAA